GGUCAUUGUGGGGACAGCAAACACAAAUGGUUCUAAGGCAAAGCAGUUUCGCACAUCACCCAUGCUUCUCAGCACCCUGGCAGGCAGAGCCCUCUCUGCCCUAGUUUUAGCACUGGACUACUGAGUAAUCUUUCAUCCACAAAACUGGAAGAACAAUUAUUCAACAACCAGGGAGGGCAGCACUGGUGAGACAAAAAAAUAUGAUUGCAUCAAUUAAAGAUGGACGGGAUUGGUGGAAAAUUGAACCAAAAUACUCUGGUAAAGUUCUCAUUGGAAACUGGCUGGAAGAGAGAAAAAGGUUUAUCAAACCCACUGGGAAACUUGGCUGCAGCACAUACAGCACAGACUUCAUUUGCUUCCCAGAUCACAAACCAGAACAAACACUAAGAAGAACCAUGAUGAAGAAAUAUGAGGGCCUGCCAGCACAGCACUUCUUCACACAUCACGAGGAACCAAGAAGCCGAAAUUUAGUAUCAGAGUAUGAAGAUAAAUACAAUAGACACAGUUAUGACCCUGUGCUGCCUCCCCUCCGCAGCUGGAAUGGACGCAAGCUUGCCUGGAUUCCUCAGAAACCAGAUUUCCCCAUUCUUGAACCACCCACCAACUAUGGCCUGCUCGAGCACCUGAUGAAAAAAUGGCACAAGAAAGAAGCUGGAACGAUGAGGAGUGUCUACACCAUUUCCUAUGAAAAGCCACCAAUUUCUGCUUUUGCUAAAACUCAUGGCCUCUCUUCCAGGCAGGGACGUCAUCCCCAUAAUAUUGGUAGAAUCCUGGACUAUGAAGGGAGUCAGAAAUAUCUGCAAGCCCUCGGCCAACUAGCGAGAGACAGAAAAGCAAGAGAUGCCUCUAUGUAAACAGCUUAGUGUGAUCUUAAGUACUACUUAAUACAGCUUGUUGCUCAUA